AUGGCGAUUGCAAGGCCGCUCCGGAUACUUCUAGCUGGUGGAAUACUUCUCACCCUUUUCCUCUUUUACAACCUCUCCAAAUCCCCCAGAUCUCUCAUCAAAUUAGUGGAUCGAUAUGAUAAUGGGUUGAAGCACGAUCCGCUCGCUGACCCUACCGGUGAGCCAGAGGGGCAUUUAUGGAGGGCCACCGGCGAUGCCUAUGCGCCAGACAACCCGAACUCCUCGAGAAUCAAUGCGACAUUAUUGUCGCUCGUCCGCAACGAGGAGCUAGACCAAUUGAUUAUGACGAUGAAGGAAUUAGAGAGAACCUGGAAUAGUAAAUUCAAUUACCCUUGGACUUUUUUCAAUGAUCAACCGUUUUCGGAUGAAUUCAAAAAGCGCACGCAGGCAGAAACGAAAGCGAAGUGCAAUUAUGAAUUAGUACCGAAGGAACACUGGGACGCCCCUGACUGGAUAAGCAUGGACCUGUAUAGCGCAUCCGUCGAUCUACUGAAAGAGAAAAACGUUCAAUAUAGCGGCAAGAUUUCAUAUAACAAAAUGUGUCGAUGGAAUAGUGGCAUGUUUUACAGACAUCCUGCUUUAGCAAACGCGCAGUAUUAUUGGCGCGUCGAGCCGAACGUCCAUUUCUUUUGCGAUGUUGAUUAUGAUGUAUUCCGAUACAUGCAGGACAACAAUAAAACCUACGGUUUCACAAUCAAUCUCUACGAUUCUCCAGAAAGUAUUGAAAGCUUAUGGCCGGAGACGGUGAAGUUUAUCGCCGCGCACCCUGAAUAUCUCCAUACAAACAAUGCAAUGAACUGGCUGGUGGACGGCAAGCAGAGACCCAUUCAUAACCAAAAGGCUAAUGGCUAUUCUACGUGUCAUUUCUGGUCGAAUUUUGAGAUCGGAGAUCUCUCAUUUUUCAGAGGAAAAGCCUAUGAGGAAUAUUUCAACCACCUUGAUCGUGCUGGUGGAUUUUUCUAUGAACGAUGGGGUGAUGCGCCAGUACACUCAAUAGGCUUAGGUUUGUUCGAAGACAAAAAUAAGAUCCAUUGGUAUGUUUUCCAAGGGCAUUCCACCUCCUUUCAAAAGACCGUAUCUCACUAUACUCUUUUAAGGUUCCGCGAUAUCGGCUACAACCAUAUCCCCUAUUACAAUUGUCCCAAUUCUCCAAAAUGCAAGGGCUGCACUCCUGCACAAUUCUACGCGGGCGAAGAAUUCUUGCGUCUCGAAGACUGUCGUCCAAAUUGGUUUAAAUAUGUCGGCACCGGCUGA